CCUUAUUUUGCUUCGCUCUAACAUUAUCUUGCAAUAAACUAGAAUGAAACAUCUGAUUCUGUUAUUUACGUCAUCAAUUCAAUUAACAAUUAGCACUCGUUAGUACAUACGUAUGUUAAACUGAAACGAUCUACUAGAGUUAAGCAUAUCAAAUCGUAUGGAUAUGAAAUGCUGCUUUUCGUUGAUCACAUAUAUGCUAAAGAGGGCCAUUUUGUUGCAACCCAAAGAUUUACUACACUUACAUUGCUUAUACAAUCUACUAAAUUGACGAUUUUCACAAGUGUUUUCGAUGUUAACGAUAUGAAAUUAUGUGUACAGAGUGAGAAAGUAGAAAUAAGGCACAUGGAGCAAAAUACGAGAAAAUCAACAGAAGAAGCUAUUAACCUUAGUACGACGUCACGCAAUAAAACGAAAAUAAAUGGCAUUUUACAGAAUUUUUCUACAGCAACAAUUCCAAGCCCGACAAUUGCUGGUGAGAGUCAUUUGGAAGAAGCGCCCACAACGUCAAACAGUAAAGCGAUAGUCGAUGCUAUUUUAGAAGAUUUUUCCACAGCGUCAUUUACAAGUUCGAGAAGCACACCAGAAAAGCAUUUAAAAGAAAUACCUAAACGUUGCUAUAGUCGCAAAUUUAGGAAAAGGAUUCAAGAGAAAAGUGUGGACGCUGAAGUAAAUACAGCUCCAGUGGAUGAUUUUAGCUCAUGUUCCUCCAUUGGAGAUAACGACGAUAAAUUUAGAAUACCCGCAAAUGUAACUAAGUUAAUAAAAGAAAUUUUACGUCUAAGAGCAAGGAGUGUCGAACAUAUCCGCUUUAAAGGUUUCAAAGGAUAUCCUGAUAGGCGGAAAUAAAACUGCAGAAUUUAUGUCAGAAUCUUCGCCAAUAGAAGCAAUAAUUCCAUGUAAUGCCGUUGAAAAGAAAGUGAGAGUUUCUUGUAACAGCGAUAAAAUUACGCGAUAACGUUCAAAGACAAAGGAUAAUAUCAACAAAUAUCAAAAAUGACAGUCAACUUUUGAAGCUGCUGAUGACUGCCAAAAUGAUGCAAUUACCGGUUUUAUAAUGUUGCAAUUUCAAAGAAACUGCCAAAGUGAUAUCUUAAUAACCAAAGGCGAGAAUUUAACAUACAAUGAACUGUGAUAUGAUCAAUGAAUGUAAAUAUUUGCUAUUGUUUCGGUGUAUGUGAUUUAUUCCUUCAAUUGAAAUCGGAGCUUUGUAUUUUGUUAUGCUAAACGGGUCGGUGCACGAUUUAUUUACUGCAAUCUUAACAAGGAAUAUAACACAGAAGAACUGCCAAAAAAAAAAAAAACGAAUGUUUAGUUGAAAGUAUUUAAAAGAAUCAGUUACCUAAAUAACGCAUGUUUUUAACAAUUUGUAUUAAAGGUAAUUAAAACAUAAAUACGAUCAAGGGCGAAUUAUGCCGGCGAAUAAACUUCAACUUUUAGUUGGCCAAUGGGAAACAAUAUUUGGAAGAAAAAAGAUUCAAAGCAAGGCCUAGCAAAAAGUUUCCACAAAUUCGGAAAAAUCAAAUUAUCAAUAAUUGCAAUAAAAAUGAAAUCAGUACCGCUAAUAAUGUUCAAUUGAUCGUCAGUUGUUGCGGAAUAUCGAGGCAAAUUAUAAGAAAAUCUCAAAGUACUUUGGAUCUAAUAUACUAAAUAAAUUUAUCUGCAGACAAUAUGGAUCUAAGCGCUUUUGUAACUAUCGUUACUAGACUAUUUACUAGUAAUAAGAAAUUAAAUAACUAAGAAAACUCAUUGUAAAGACUUAUCAAACGGAUCUGGGCUACAAUCAACUAGUAGUCGAUACUUUUGCUGAGGCCGAAAUUCUAUAAUUUUGUAGUCACCUAAAACUAGUGCCUUAGGAUAAAAAAUAACAUUCUGUUUAUAAAUCAUUCAAAAAUUUUUCUAGAUGCAAAAAUUAUACAAGUUUCAAAGGAUUGCAUUAAACGUGUUGCCUAUUCCAGUCAUUA